GCCCUUGAAAAUAAACUAUUAUCAAUCGUUAUGGGAUUAGAAAAAUCAGAUAUUGAAGAAAAGAAAAAUAAAUUAACUACACAGAUCAAUGCAAUUAAAAGCUCUAUUAAAAAAUCUGAAAACGAAUUUUUUGAAAAAAUAUCCACAAGUAGAAAACCCUUAUUACAAGAUAUUGACUUAUUAGAAAGUUUGGGAAAAAUCAAGGCCAACAUUCGUGAAAUGACUCUUAAAAUUGAUCAAAACAAAAAUGCAGCGGCAGAUAUUGAAGAGAUAAGCGAAAGUUAUCGUCCAGUUGCUACGAGGGGAGCAGUGUUAUUCUUUGUACUUUUCGAUCUCGCUGCAUUAGAUCCUAUGUAUCAAUAUUCAUUGUCAAGUUAUUUGGAAUUAUUUACUCGUUUAUUAAAACAAGCACCAUCAUUAAAUAUGUCGAUAACGGAACGUAUAGACAGUAUAAUUGAAACUCUCACAAUAAAUAUUUUUGAUUAUGGGUGUUUAGGUAUUUUUCAAAAACAUAAAGUUUUACUUUCUUUUCAUAUUUGUACCAAAAUUGAAUUAAGUAUCGGUUGCAUCAGUCAAGAAGAGUUAAAUUUUUUUAUAAAAGAAAAUACUUCAGUAGAAAGUUCUCAGCGAAAUCAUAUUCAAUGGCUUCCUUCGUCUAGUUUAGCGGAUAUUUUUCAACUGUCAGUCGGAUUCGGGAAUUUUUCUGACUUAUACAAUGAGUUACAAGUUAAUUCCAAUGACUGGUAUCGAUGGUAUAAAUUAGAUACCCCUGAAUCGAGUCCAUAUCCUGGUGAAUAUUCAAAGAAAUUACAUCCAUUUCAAAAACUCAUGCUAAUUAAAUGUUUUCGUAUUGAUCGAGUUUACUGUGGAAUUAUUAAAUAUGUGACUGAUUGUUUGGGAGUUAGAUUUAUCACUCCUCGUAUUAUAAGUUUUAAAACAAUUUACAAACAAAUCGAUUCAUAUAUUCCAGCUGUAUUGAUUUUAAGCCCAAGAGUAGAGUUAACGUCAGAAUUUACUACACUUGCAGAAUUUCAUGGUUUUAAUGCUGAAAAACUGAUGAUUAUCUUUCUGGGAAAAGGCCAAGAAAAGAAAGCUAGUAAGCUACUCGAAAUUUCAAUGACUAAAGGACGGUGGUUAGUUUUACGAAAUUGUCAUUUAGGAUUGGAAUUCAUUCGAAAACUUGAAGCAAAAAUUAAUCAUAUGAAAAAACCUCACGAUAAUUUUCGCUUAUGGCUAACGACUGAUCUUAUCAAUGACUUCCCUAUCGGAGUAUUACAGAGAUCAUUAAAAGUUGUCCUUGAGCCACCCAGUGGAUUGAAGUUAAGUUUAAAAAAUACUUAUUUGAAGCUGCAAGAAGAAAAUCUGAAAAGUUGUAGUCAUUCGAAGUACAAGCAUAUCAUUUAUAUUCUUGCAUUUUUUCAUGCAAUAGUUCAGGAAAGAAAAAGAUAUGGUAAAAUUGGUUGGACUAUAAAUUAUGAUUUUAGUGAAUCAGAUUUUAUUGUUUGUACUUCAAUUAUUGGUACAUAUUUAACUAAUUUAUCACCUACUAGUGAUUUCCCUUGGGCUAGUCUUAAAUAUCUAAUAAGUGAAGUGAUUUAUGGCGGAAAAGUAAUUGACAGAUAUGAUCAUCGCAUAGUUAAAGUUUAUGUUGAUGAAUACUUCGGAGAUUUUAUAUUUGAUACUUCUCAACCAUUCUAUUUAUAUAAAAAAAACGAAACACUUCAUUCUGUUCCGUUGGAUGGCAGUAAAGAUGAUUAUAUCUCAUUCAUAGAUAAUUUAUCUAUCAGUGAUUCUCCUGAAAUAUUUGGCCUUCACUUGAAUGCAGAAAAUACCUAUUUUGUUCGAAACAUUAGAGAAAUGUUGAUUAAUUUAAAUAAAAUGACGUCUCAGCAAUCUAUUAACAGUUUAUCAAAGCUGAAUCCAGAAGAACUUAUUGAUAAUGUAUCAAAAGAUGUUUUGAAUAAAAUUCCAUCAGAGUUUAAUAUGGCAAAAGUAAAACAUAAUUUUGGUCUGGAUGUUACACCUUCAGUUAUAGUUUUAUUUCAAGAAUUAGAGAGAUUUAACAAAUUGAUUAAAACAAUAAAUACAACGUUAACGCAACUAAGAAACGCAAUAGCAGGAAAAACGAACUUCACUACAAGGAUGGAAAGUAUAUCUGCUUCUUUAUACAAUGGUGAGUUACCUAAAGAAUGGGCUCGUUUAGCUCCAGCAACAAAAAAAAAUUUGGCUAAUUGGAUGAUCCAUAUAAAUAAAAGAAAGAACCAGUACACUGAUUGGUCGGGAAGUAAUGAACCAAUUGUUAUGUGGUUAUCUGGCCUACAUGUUCCGGAAUCAUAUAUUGCAGCUUUUUUUCAAAUGAGUUGUAAAAAAAAUAAUUGGCCAUUGGAUAAUUAUUCAAUUUACACAACAGUGUCAAAAUUUUCAAAAUUUGACGAAAUUGAAGAGAGACUUUGUGAGAGUUGUAAUGUACAUGGAUUGUUCUUAGAAGGGGCAAGGUGGGAUAGAGAACAGCAUUGCCUGAAACAAUCAUAUUCUAAAGUGAAAUUUGAUGAACUUCCAGUGUUGUGUAUUACGACCAAAAAAUCUCUUAAUAUACAUUUAGAGAAUACUGUGAAAACCCCUGUUUAUGUAACAACAGAUCGCGAAAAUACUAUGGGAGAAGGUAUGGUACUUGAAGCUGAUCUGAAAACAAUUGAACAUAACUCCUUGUGGAUUUUACAAGGUCUAUGCUUGCUAUUGAAUAUAGAUUGA